AAUCCAAACUCUCGCACUGAAGUCGACCAACUCCACAUCAAUCUCCAGCAUUUUGGGUUUCAUGAGUCUUUGCUGAGUGUGCUGAGUGUAUUGCAUUUGCCACCGUCGCUGAUCCAUCAUGAGAAUUCCUCCUCGAUCCAUCUUGGCCGACUUUCUCAAGCUCGGAAGAACGUCUAAUGAAGUUGGGUGCGGUGGAAGGGCCGCAUCUCGGGCUCGACAUGGAAUUCGCGGCGUCUAUUCUGGUCAUGCAGGGCUAGAAGCAGCAGUGCUGAACAUACGCUCAGUUGGAUGCAAUCAGCUGCAUUCUAUGACAACAUGGGCGCCAUUUGCAAUUGGCCAUGGCUAUCACAGCGAUGUCCGUGCAGGGGAAAAUACAGGGAAGGAAAGAAUUGCGGUGAUUGGGAGUGGGAAUUGGGGUAGUGUCGCUGCCAAGCUCGUGGCUACAAAUGCCCUCUCCCACGAAAAUAUACACGACGAAGUGCGGAUGUGGGUGUUUGAGGAGACAUUGGCUAAUGGGGAGAAGCUGACACAGGUCAUCAAUAAGAAUAAGAUAAAUGUGAAGUAUUUGCCCAAUGUGAAUCUAGGUGUCAACGUUGUUGCGGAUCCAAAUCUCGAGAACACUGUUAAGGAUGCAACGAUGUUAGUGUUUUGCACACCACAUCAAUUUGUCGAAUCAAUUUGCAAGCAACUUCAGGGUAAAGUGAAUCCCAAUGCCAAGGCUAUAUCUUUGAUAAAAGGAAUGGAGGUGAAACCAGAUGGCCCUGUCAUGUUGUCGAAGUUGAUCACGAAGCACCUAGGCAUCGACUGUUCGGUACUUAUGGGAGCAAAUAUUGCAAAUGAGGUGGCCAUGGAACAAUUUAGUGAAGCAACUGUUGGUUACAAAGCAGAUACCAGUAUAGCGAAAUCUUGGGUCCAAGCUUUUGCCACUCCAUAUUUUCAUGUUGCAGCUAUAAAAGACGUUGAAGGAGUUGAGCUGUGUGGUACAUUGAAGAAUGUGGUAGCAAUAGCUGCGGGAUUUGUGGAUGGCUUGGGGAUGGGCAACAACACAAAGGCUGCUAUCAUGCGGAUAGGGCUGAAGGAGAUGAUUGGAUUUUCAAAGCUGCUGUUUCCAACUGUCAGUGAUGCAACCUUUUUUGAGAGCUGUGGCGUAGCAGAUCUGAUCACUACAUGCUUUGGGGGGCGCAACAGGAAAGUUGCUGAGGCAUAUGCACGAAAUGGUGGAAAGAGAUCUUUUGAUGAGCUUGAGGCGGAGUUAUUAGGAGGGCAAAAACUUCAAGGAGUGUUGACAGCUGGCGAAGUCUUUCAAGUGUUGAAGGCACGAAAUUGGGAGAAAAAGUUUCCGCUUUUUGCAACUGUUCACAAGAUCGCUAUUGGCCACUUGCCUCCAUCAACCAUUGUUGACUACGACAACGAGAGCGCUCAAAAACUCCACAGAAAUCCCAGUGUAGGUGUAAUUGGCUAAUUUCGGGUUGUGUUUGUAGCCAAGGCACCCAUAUGGCGAACUCCACAUGAUCACCGUAGGAUCUGUAAGUAUAUAAAGCCUUGAUCACAAUCUCAACUGCACAGCCAGCUUUAGAUGCAACCAUCCGUGCUCCUAUAACCUAGAUGCAUUUGUGCAUUGAUUGAAACUCUUCCUCCACAUUCAUGUUCUGGUAUUGCUCGUCUAGUAUAGCGUACGAAACUCAUUCCUGCGAAGAUUUCUUUCUUUCUUUCUUUCUUAAUGUCUUGAGCUGGAUAAACUUAUUGAAAUAUUACUAACCUGGCCUGGAACGAUCUGAAUCUUUGUUGGACACCGCAGAGAAACUGCGUCUGUUCAACUCUGCACAACCUAGUAGCAUGUUUCAUCUUAACAACGAUAAUAUUUACUUAUCUCAGCUGAA